AUGAAGAUAGCUAACUCUAACAGCCCCUUGUAUUGGAUUUGUAACGGCCAGGCAAGUUCGAAUCUUGUCAGUCAAGGUGCCUCGAUGAACACUCAUGGCAUACCGAAUGAUAUGAACGAUGGCCGCGUGGAUAUUGCAGUUAACGAUGACGAUCCACAGGUAGCUAGCCUGUUGGAUGCUCUCCAGCGACAGACAACCCAUCGCCCACCGCCGGUUAGAAAUGACGGUGCUCAAUUUCCAGUUCGGCUUAACGUUUUGAUUCACGUCGUAGGAUCGCGCGGCGAUGUGCAACCAUUCAUCGCCUUGGGUCGAGCAAUGAAACAGCAUGGACAUCGCGUUAGACUGGCAACACAUCUGGUGUUCCGGGAUUUCGUGAAAGAGAAUGGUUUGGAGUUCUUCAAUAUCGGGGGCGACCCGGCUGAGCUGAUGUCCUUCAUGGUGAAGAAUGACAAGCUCAUCCCAAAGAUGGAGACCCUGCGUCAAGGGGCGAUUGGCAAACGUCGCAAAGAUAUUAGACUCAUGCUCGGCGGGUGUUGGAGGUCCUGUAUUGAAGCUGGCGAAGGUAUCGAUUUAACGAGUGACGACCCAAUCACUGCGCCACCAUUUGUGGCCGAUGCUAUCGUCGCGAAUCCGCCCAGUUUCGCCCAUGUUCACUGUGCAGAAAAGAUGGGUGUGCCAUUACAUUUGAUGUUUACAAUGCCAUGGUCCCCUACGCAAGCGUUUUCGCACCCGUUAGCAAACGUCCGGGUGCGCGAUACAAAGCCGUCGGUAGCGAAUUUCGCAUCUUACGCCCUGAUGGAGAUGGUCAUUUGGCAAGGUGUCGGCGACCUCAUUAAUGCGUUUCGUCGCUUCGAGCUCGGAUUGGAACAGCUGGAUGUUAUGCGCGCGCCGAGUCUGAUCCCCCGGUUGCGUGUCCCCUUCACGUACAUGUGGUCUCCUUCGCUUCUUCCAAAACCGGAUGAUUGGCAGGACCACAUCGACGUAACGGGCUUCAAUUUCCUGUCUGCCAACGCUGACUACGUACCUCCAUCCGACCUGGUUGAGUUCUUGGACAGUGGCCCCCCACCACUCUAUAUCGGAUUUGGCUCUAUCGUCGUUGAUGACCCCGAUGCUCUCACCAAGAUAAUUCUUGAUGCAGUUGAAAUGACCGGCCAACGAGCACUGGUCUCAAAGGGAUGGGGUGGUCUUGGAGCCGAAAAGAUCAACCGCCCGGAUGUCUUCUUCCUCGGAAACUGUCCCCACGACUGGCUUUUCAAACGAGUUUCCUGUGUAAUCCACCACGGAGGCGCGGGUACCACGGCCGCAGGCCUUGCCCUAGGCCGACCGACUACUAUUGUGCCCUUCUUCGGAGACCAGCCCUUCUGGGGUGCCCUAAUCGCGUUCAACGGAGCAGGACCGUCGCCCAUUCCUUACAAAAAGCUCACUGCCGAUCGUCUGGCCGAUGCUAUCCACUUCUGCUUGAAGACGACUACUAUAGACAAAGCGCAGGAACUCAGCGAGAAAAUGCGCUCGGAGGACGGCGCCCGCGACAGCCUGAAGAGCUUUCAUAGUCAACUCGAUCUUCGUCGCAUCCAAUGUACCCUAUGUCCUGAUCGUCCGGCUGUCUGGCGUGUUAGACGAACGAAGAUAUUGCUUAGUACAUUUGCGGCUACCGUUCUGGUCCAGGAGAAGAAGCUCAACCCUAAAGACGUCAAGAUGUACCGUGCAAAGCGCUACGAGAUGAACCACGGCUGCGCAGGAACCGACACCUUCACUGGUGCCAUAAGUAAUUUCCUCACCGGGCUUGUCGACAUGCCCGUCAACGCAGUCCAGAAUAUCUCGCGUCCUGCUGCCGACCGCUUUGCCGAGAAUUAUAACCUACCCUCCUGCGAGGCACGUAAAGCCAUGAUAACGCCGGCAGCCUCCGUCCCAACCCCGAGUGCAACCUCACGGAAAGAUCGUGUACAGACUAAUGACGAUGCGAAAUCAACCUCUAGUUUGUUAUCCACAUCGACCUCUUCGUCACAGGAAGCGAUGAACUCGAGUUAUCUGGGUCGCAGGGUGCUUAACUGGGUGGUUGAAGUGCCCAUGGGGGUGACGCUGUUGUUUUCUCAGUUCACACAUAACGUUCCACGGUGCUAUAAUGACCGGACUGUGCGCGAGCUACCCGAGGUGACGGGCGAAUUUGGAUAUAGUUUCUAUGACGGGAUCACUGGUGUCGUAACGCAGCCCAGCCACGGCUGGAAAGAUGAUGGAUUCGGUGGAUUGUCAAAAGGUGUGGGCAAAGGUCUGGGUGGCUUGAUUCUUAAACCUCAGGCCGGUAUCUGGGGCUUGAUCGGCUAUCCCCUGAAUGGUGUACAUCGAGCCAUUGAACAUUCAUAUGGGACUAACCGUGAGGGUUACAUCGUCAGAUCGCGCAUUAGGCAGGGCGUUGCAGAAUCCAAGGCUGCGUCGCAGGAGGAGAAGCUGGCUGUGCUGGAGAAAUGGAGUACUUAUGAGAAAGGAGUUCGAUUGAAGCAUCAGAAGAAUCCUCGCUGA